GCAUGGUGGGCGCCCAUGCCAUGGCGCAGGCCAGCCCGUGAACCCCCGCCACGCCAAUGGCAUCGCGCCAAGUGUGGAAACACCGGCCACCCGGGCCUCUUCUAUAUAUACACACCUCUGCACACAUCUCCUUGCAUCGCUGUGAUCACGACACAGAACGUACAUCCUUCAGUUCAGCUCGCCAUUGCUAAGCCUGAAAGCUUCCUUCGUAGCGCACUUGGGAGCUGGAAGAUGAGGAGGUUUUCUCUACAUGCCGUGAGAUAUCUCGUGCUGUGGAUGCUGCUGCGGUGUGGCCGUGAGCUCGUUGCAGCGGUGCCUCCUGGUCAGUCUCGCAACCAUGGCUGGUACGAUUACACUGCAUACACCGACUGCAGAGGGCAGCCGGAGCCGGCGCUGUACAACGGAGGGAUUCUGAGGUUCGGCAACAGCGACGACCCGACCGGCUACCGCACGACGGAGACCGGCGUCUUCUCGCCGGCGUUCGUGGUCUACAACCUCAACAAGACCACCAUGUACACCUUCUCAAGCUGGGUCAAGCUGGAAGGCGCGUCCUCUGCUCUGAUCACGGCGAGGCUUGCGCUGGACAACGCCGGCGCGCGGUGCAUCGGCACGGUUCUCGCGAGGAACGACUGCUGGGCCUUCCUCAAGGGCGGCUUCGUCCUCGACUGGCCAACACAAACCUCAGUUAUAUUUUUUCAGAAUGCUGACAAGACCCCUAUGAAGAUCACGGUCGCGAGCGGUUCGCUUCAGCCGUUCACGUCGGAUCAGUGGUCCAUGCACCAGAAAGACACGAUCCGGAAGAGGAGGAAGCGGAUGGCUACCAUCCACGUUGCCGAUCAGCAAGGCGGCCGCGUGGUUGGCGCGUCCGUGUCCGUGAGACAAACCGCCAAGGACUUCCCGUUCGGCUCGGCCAUCGCCUCCACCAUCUUGGGGAACCAAGCCUAUCAGAAAUGGUUCGUGGAUCGGUUCAACGCGGCGGUGUUCGAGGACGAGCUGAAGUGGUACUCUACGGAGCCCAUGUCGGGGCAGCUGCGGUUCGACGUGCCGGACCAGAUGCUGGCGUUCGUGCGGUCGCACCGCGUGAUGGUGCGAGGGCACAACAUCUUCUGGGAGAACCAGGACGCGACGCCGAGCUGGGUGAAGGGCCUGUCACCGGACGACCUCCGCGCCGCCGUCAACGGCCGGAUCCAGAACCUGAUGACCCGCUACCGCGGCGAGUUCGCGCACUGGGACGUGAACAACGAGAUGCUGCACUACAACUUCUACGAGCAGCGGCUGGGCGCCAACGCGUCGGUGGAGUUCUUCAGCGUGGCGCAGGACGCCGACCCGCUCGCCACGCUCUUCAUGAACGAGUUCAACGUGAUCGAGACCUGCGACGACGUGUCCUCCACCGUGGACACGUACGUGGCGAAGCUCAAGGACCUCCGCGCGGGGGGCGCCGUCCUGGAGGGCAUCGGCCUGGAGGGACACUUCCUCAAGCCCAACAUCCCGCUCAUGCGCGCCGUGCUCGACAAGCUCGCCACGCUCGGCCUGCCCAUCUGGUUCACCGAGAUCGACAUCAGCAACCGGUACGACGCGCAGACGCAGGCCGUCUACCUGGAGCAGGUGCUCAGGGAGGCGUACUCCCACCCGGCCGUCACCGGCGUCAUGCUGUGGACGGCGCUGCACCCCAACGGAUGCUACCAGAUGUGCCUCACCGACUGGAACCUCAACAACCUCCCCGUCGGAGACGUCGUCGACCGCCUCCUGCAGGAGUGGCAGACGGGGCAGGCCGCCGGCCCGACCGACGCGCACGGCGCCUACAGCUUCAGCGGAUUCCUCGGGGAGUACAUCGUCUCCGUCACCUACGCCAACAGCACGUCGCAGGCCACCUUCUCGCUCUCUCCCGGCGACGAGACCAGGCACAUCAACAUCCAGAUAUGACCAUACGUAUGUACACGGUACACCUCCUCGGUGUAUAUGGCUUCAAGCUCUGCUGACAUCGUGACAUACUGACAUGUCGUCACGUAUGUGUAAUGGGUGACAGUGUACUGUCACGACUUGUAGGUUGUAAUUGUGGUUACGGAGGUCAGUUAACCAUAAAUUGGUUCGAUUGAACCAUGUACAUGUACCUGGCUCGGGCCGGAGACUCGAACGAACCACGCAAAAA